AUGGCUCCGAUCACCACCCGCGGGGAUUCCAAGAGUAAUAAACAAGACAACGAGGAAGCAGAACAGGCGAGAAAGAGAGAGGGAAAGGAGAUGACUAGCGUCAGGGGACAGGGUCGGCGGCUGUCCGGAGUCGAUCGGGAGCGACAGAAGAGAGGAAUCGAGAGGAGUAUCGGGAGGAUGGCGAGGAGGAAAGGAGUGAAGGGAGGGAGGAUGAUGGCGGGUGUGUUGAGCUUCCACCCCGACGACGUUCGGGAGCUCAAUGACACAUUCGAGGCAAUGCCACCAACACCGGAAAAGCGGGAGGAGUCAGAGGCAGCGGCAAAAAGGCAAGCUGAAGAAGUUUAA